AUGUCUUCGGACGAGGAUUCGCCCAAUGCGCUCUGGCUAAAAUGGACAAAAGAAUGGCUCGAUACUGCAAGAGAGCGCAAUUCCAAAGGUGUCACCACAUACAGACACGCCUACAACAGCCUGAAGGCAUGCCCCAUCGCUUUCACACACCCCUCAGAGCUACAGCAACUCAAGGGUUGGGGCCAGGGACUUUGUGGCCGCCUGGCAGAACUCUUGAGGAAGCACUGCGAUGAGAAUGGUCUUCCCAUGCCGGAACACCCAUCCAAGUCCCGGUCGAGGGCGCAGCACGAAUCUGGGGGUGAGCCGUCGGAGGCUGGACCGGCAAAGAAAACACGCAAAACCAAGGAGUAUGUGCCGGCGUAUAGGUCAGGUGCAUAUGCCCUCAUCAUGGCGCUAUCUACCCUUGACGAACAGGCCCAAAUGGGGUUAUCAAAAGCUGAUCUGAUUGAAAUUGCUCAACCUCACUGUAAUGCCUCGUUCAAGGUCGGCGAAGAUGCCGCAUCCUUCUACACGGCGUGGAACUCAAUGAAAACACUGCUUCAGAAGGAGCUUGUUUAUGAGAGAGGUCGUCCAACCAAGCGCUAUGCCUUGACAGACGAGGGAUGGGAGGUAGCAGAAAGGGUCAAGCUUGCUGCUGCAGCUCGUGAAAAUAACUUCGAGGUUGUGCCUCCCCAACCCGUGUCGGUCAUUACUGGUGCACCUACGACAGUUGAUGACGACAUGGAGGACGCACCUCCUCCAGCAGCUCAACCCCAGUCACAAUACCGUGAUCUGGUAGCUGAAGGUCGGCUUGGAGGAGAUGAUGCUUCAUUGCCCACAUUCACACCCAUUAGAUUACCGCCCGGCUCAUUCCAGGUUCACUUAGUCCUGGAUGUUCGUGAAAUCAGGACCAAAAAAGACCGAGACUAUAUGAAAGACGAACUUACCCAAAAAGGAGUCACCCCAAUAAUGCGUAGCCUGGCACUGGGCGAUGCUAUCUGGGUCGCCAAAUGUACAGAUCCAACGCUGCUCAACCGUGGUGGCGUCGAGGGUGAAGAGGGCAACGAGAUUGUUCUGGACUACAUUGCCGAGCGUAAAAGGCUUGAUGACCUUAUAAGCAGUGUCAAGGAUGGACGAUUCCACGAGCAAAAGUUCCGUCUCCGGCGAUCGGGGCUGCGUAACGUGAUUUAUAUCGUAGAGGACUUUUCUAUUGACACCAUGAACUCAUCUCGCUACGAAGAGAUGGUACAGUCGGCUAUGGCGUCUACUCAGGUCGUCAAUGGCUAUUUCCUGAAGAGAACUCAAAAGAUGGACGACACCAUCACGUAUCUUGCUCGUCUGACCAAGCUACUAAAGUCGCAGUAUGAGAGCAGGACUAUAGACGUUAUUCCAACGAACAUCCUGACGGCACAAAACUACCUCCCUUUGCUAGCACAUCUUCGAGAAGAGAAAGAGAUGAAUGCUGCGGCUUCGGCUGGCCUCUCAAGGGCAGAGAAGAGCUUUUACAUCAGCUAUCCAGCUUUUGCAUCUCUCGCUUCGAAAUCGGAUAUGAUCACCCUGCGUGACGUCUUUCUCAAGAUGCUCAUGUGUACCAAGGGAAUCACGGGUGAAAAGGCGAUGGAGAUUCAAAAGCGGUGGAAGACGCCCUUGGAGUUUGUCAAGGCAUACGAGGAAUGCGGCCCCGGAGAGGUCGGCAGGAAGCGGAAAAUUGAGCUGGUGUCUAGCCAGAUGGCCAACCUGGUAGGCCGCAAAAAGAUUACUAAGGCUUUCAGCCAGAAGCUCGCCGAGGUCUGGGGCGAUGUCUGA